UUUUUAGCUGUGUUUUCCUUCUUCUCAUUUCCCGGGGAGUUAAAGUGAAACUGCUGCUGCUUCCUUGUUCGCAUCUUCUUAUUUUCUCCAGAUUAAUCAUCGCUGUUCGGGAUGUCGGCUGUAAAGAUGAGCGAGGGCAGUGUGGAGGUGGAGAGCUGCAAAGCUCCACUUUUCUACAGACAGAGCGAGCCGGCCGCGGGAGAAGCAAAGAUGUCGGUUCUUCUCCUUCAUGGUAUUCGUUUCUCAUCGGAGAACUGGCUCAACAUCGGCACUCUGGAGACGCUGGCCAAAGCCGGCUGCCGAGCGGUCGCCCUCGACCUGCCAGAACUCGGCCGGUCCAAGUUGGCCAAAGCGCCGGCGUCGGUGGGAGAACCGGCCCCCGCAGCGUUCCUGAAGGAAGUGUGUGAGCAGCUGAGUCUGUGCCCUGUCGUAGUGAUCAGCCCGUCACUCAGUGGGAUGUACUCCCUCCCUUUCCUCCUGGAGCAUCAGCCUCUAAUACGAGCCUACGUCCCCGUGGCGCCAAUCUGCACUGAAAAAUUCACAGCAGAACAGUACCGGAGCGUCAAGGUCCCGACGCUGAUCGUUUACGGCGACCAGGACACUCAGCUCGGAGAGGCGUCGCUCCGUAACCUGAGCAAUCUGACGAACCACAGGGUGGUGGUGAUGAAGGGGGCGGGACACCCGUGUUACCUUGACGACCUAGACACCUGGCACAAAGCGCUUACCAACUUCCUGGAGACUCUGUGAGGCUCUUCGCUCACUUUCAAACAAAGAAAUUCCCAACUAACACGCAAAGGACUGAAAGGAGCCAAACAAACAAAUAACUCACAAGAUAUAAAUGCACUACAAAACUACGCUUGCAAAUCAAAUCACUGGAAGGUUUUGAUGUUUAAUACAUUCAGAAAGUCAGCGGCUUCUGUGACCACUAAGAAAAAUGUCAGAAGUUUGAUAUCUCUACUUUUGCAGUUAACAGUCUGACCAAAUCAAUGCCCAUUAAUUAUUUAUAUGAACUGCUUGAGCUUUUUUCCCCCAUACUGCCCUCUUGUGGACUGCAUCAGUAACUGUAGGAAAGCUUUAACACCUGAACCUGUUUGUAACUAAACAAAUACCAGCAUGCACGUCUAUUAAAAACCAUGAGAAAUAAAAUUAACUCAUAUAAAGUUUGUAAUUAUUUAGCUUUAGUAUCUGAUAUAUUAACAGGUUGACUGAUUGAUGGUUGACUGGAAAACAGACCAAACCAGGAUGUAGGUUUGGUUCUGGUCAUUUGACCCCAGUUUCUGUUUCCAUCUUUAAAUUAUGUUUUAUUUACUUAUAUGGACUCCUGAUGCUGCGCUUUGCAUCACACCUGAAACCGAUGUAAAGAAUAUCUUACCAGAUCAAAAGACUGGAUUGUUGCUUUGUGAUCCAAACUCAUAUUUUAGAUUUAAGUAACUUUUGCAUUUAAUUUGGAAACAGAAGUACCAAAAGAAGCACAUCAUCCAGGUUUCUGGACAUCCUCUUAUUUUGGGAAGCCCUCUGCUGGUUUUGGUCCACUGUAAGGAAAAUACCUGGACAGUUCAGAGCCCAACAUUCUCGUCUGCUGACGAGCUUUAUGCAGAUUUUAAUUUCCUGCAGGAUUUGACACCUGCCCACACUACCAAGAGUACUGAUACUUAAAUGGCUGUAGUUUAUUUGACAGCAAACAUAUAAUUUAAAAGUUGCUUGAAUUCACCUGAAUAACAUGAUUAGGUCAUAAACAACGCUCUCUCUAAUUGUCUGAUGCGUCUGUAUCCAUAAAGCCAUUUACAGCUACUUAAUAUUUUUGUCCCAAAUUUUUUGCCUGCAGACAAAUAAACACACCACACAGCUAGAUGAAGUGAAAAAUAUGAACAUUAUUUAAUAACUGAUUCUCUGUAAUAAACAAUUUGAAAAUAUUUUACAAGGAGUCACAGACACAAUAUUUUACAAAUUUUGCCCUCUUCUUCUUUUUGUUUCAUUAUUUAUUUAUUUUUUUUCUUUUAAGCUUCAUCUGUACAAAAGAAUGGAGCGACAUGGACCAGUGCCCAAAAGAGGAGGAGCUAAAUCUUCCACGCGCACAAACAUUCACGCUCACACACACAUACAAUAAGUAAAACAAAAACAGAACAAAAAAAAAAAACAUUUCGACGUCAGAUCUCAAACUUAUCAACACUGCUGUUUUCCUAUAUAUAAUUUUUUUUACGUCACUUUAACUGAUUUAACUCUUUUUUUUUUCUCUAAAUGUUGCUGUUUUUUCACACUCUUUGUCAAACAUGGUCACAUAGCACCAGACUACAGACU